AUGUUUUUUAGCUCUAAAUCUUUCGAUCCAGAAAAGGAUAUCCCUUCUCUUAAGGGGAAAGUUAUUCUUAUUACUGGAGGAACAGCUGGAAUUGGCAAGCAGGCCGUCCUGGAGUUCGCCCGUCAUUCUCCCAAACAGAUUUGGUUGGCAGCACGAAAUGUUGAAAAGACUCAGGCUACCAUCGAUGAGAUACGGUCCAAGAUAGCGGAGGCGCCUAUUAUACCUCUUCAUCUUGACUUAGCAUCAUUCGAAUCUAUCGAGAACGCAGCCAAAAAGUUCAUCGCUGAGUCAGACCGCCUGGACAUUCUCAUGCUCAAUGGUGGUGUUGCUGGUCUGGUGCCCGGCCUUACGGAGGAUGGAUACGAAAUUCAGUUUGGAACAAAUCAUAUGGGACAUGCCCUUCUUACCAAACUCCUUGUACCAAAACUGGAACAGACGCAAAGGAGUAAUGCCAAGUCGGAUGUGCGGGUCGUCGUCGUGGCAUCGGCCGGUCAUCGACGAGCACCCAGAGGUGGCAUCCUCUUCGAUCGACUUAAAAAAGCCGAUGAUGAAAACAUUAUUGGUGCUUAUGGUCGGUACUGCCAAAGCAAACUAGCGAACAUACUAUUUACUCGACACUUCGCUACGCUAUAUCCGCAGUACACUAUUGCCGCUAUCCACCCUGGCACAAUCAAGACAGACAUUUUCUCGAACGCAACAGCUGCUAAUCUGGCACAGAGAGCGUUGAUAUAUGUGGCGGGAUUCUUUUUAAGCUCUGUUGAGUAUGGAGUCAAGAACCAGCUCUGGGCAUCAGUGUCCCCAGACGUUCAGAGCGGGGAGUACUAUGAGCCCAUUGGAUAUGGAGGUACAGCCAGUCAACUGGGUAAGGAUGAUGCCCUGGCCGAGAAAUUGUGGAAUUGGACCGAAAAAGAGCUUUCAUGUAGGGCAAAGAUUUAG